AUGUGUUGCAACUACUACGGGAACUCCUGCGGCUGCGGCUACGGCUGUGGCUACGGAGGCCUGGGCUGCGGCUAUGGCUGUGGCUACGGCUGUGGCUAUGGCUCUGGCUAUGGCUGUGGCUACGGCUGUGGCUAUGGCUCUGGCUAUGGCUGUGGCUACGGAGGCCUGGGCUGCGGCUAUGGCUUGGGCUAUGGCUAUGGCUGCUGUACCUUCCGACCCUUUUGCUACCGAAGAUGCUACUCCUUUUGCUGGUAG